UAGCUCCCCUUGCUCUGUCUGUCUGUCUGUCUGUCUCUCCCACGGUAAUGUUUUCCUUUCCCACAGCAUAAGCUGAAGUCAUCACAGAAAGAGAAGGUUCGCCAGUUCAUGUCCUUCACCCAGGCCGGCGAGAGGACAGCCGUCUACUGUCUCACACAGAAUGACUGGAAACUAGAAGUAGCAACCGACAACUACUUCCAGAACCCAGAUCUCUACUAUAAGGAAUCCAUGAAAACCACAGUGGACCGCAAGAAGCUGGAGCAGCUUUAUAACCGAUACAAAGACCCUCAAGAUGAGAAUAAAAUCGGCAUUGAUGGGAUCCAGCAGUUCUGCGAUGACCUCACUCUGGAUCCUGCCAGCAUGAGCAUUCUGGUGGUGGCCUGGAAAUUUCGGGCAGCGACGCAGUGUGAAUUUAGCCGGAAAGAGUUCCUGGACGGCAUGUCAGAGCUGGGCUGUGACAGUCCUGAGAAACUGAAGGCCAUCUUACCCAGGUUAGAACAGGAGCUCAAAGACUCUGGAAAGUUUAAGGAUUUCUACCAGUUUACUUUCAAUUUUGCCAAGAAUCCAGGCCAGAAAGGCUUAGACUUAGAGAUGGCUGUAGCUUAUUGGAACCUGGUUCUGACGGGCCGCUUCAAAUUUCUGGACCUCUGGAACACAUUCCUGCUGGAGCAUCACAAGCGUUCUAUCCCUAAAGACACAUGGAAUCUACUUUUAGACUUUGGAAACAUGAUUGCAGAUGAUAUGUCGAACUAUGAUGAGGAAGGGGCGUGGCCGGUCCUAAUAGACGACUUUGUGGAGUUUGCUCGUCCGAUCAUUACAGCAGGCAAGCGCAAAAAUGUAUAAUCGCCACCUUCCUCUUGGAGAGGGAAGUGACCUGUCUCUCUCGCGCUCUCUCGCUCUCUCUGUGUAGACAUUUUUCUAUCAAAAUUAUUUAAAUAGAAAACAAAGAAAAUGCAAGAGACUUUAAAGAUGUGAGUCUGUACUACCAAAUGAGAGAUGAGUGCAGUAUAAUGCAGAGCUGAACGCAACACACCACAUCAGGAAGGAGUCCGAGUGCAUGAUGUGCAUCACCACCAGGGGGCGACAUUGUCGUGCAGAAGCGGUGCCAUCUCUUUUGAGCUGCCCUGCCUUUUGAGGUGACCUCACUCCGAGGUUCCAUUCAGCAGCUCUUGCUUUUGAACCCUAUUGGAAACUGAAAUAUUUCGUCACCGAAGAUGGAAAUGAUUGAGGAGGGUUUUUUUUUUUUUUUUGUUUAAAUUACAUUCACAAAUUUGGCCCACGUUCACAAACCAUGGAACAUGCAUCGUGACAGACUUCACUGUCCACCAUCCACCAGGCUGCACUUUGAAGGCAAUGCCAAGGCUAAAACCCAAGUGGGAUGGAAUCCAGGGUGAUGCGGAUGUGACUGGUGUGUUAUCUGCAGCUGAAAAAAUUUUCGUGAGAAAAACGCAGGCUGUAUUUUCAUUCAGCAACGUCACGUACAGAUCCUGCUGUUUUUCUUGAGCAUUGUCACAAUCAUGUUUGUACAACUCGGAGACUCAAAUUUAUGUCUUGUGAUGUCCAAUGAUGUGAAAAGCUUAAAAAUUCAUGAGCAUGAAGUGAAAGAACCUGCAGUGAUACUCAGAACACCAGCAAACGUCACACUGCUACAGUUUAAUAUCCUGUAUCUAACAGUGAUGUACAGAAGUGUUGUGGAAAACGUACAGGAAUAUUGUUACAUGCAGUUUAUUAACGUGGCAAGAAAGUAUUUGAAUGCAUUUUUUAAUUUUUUUUAUUUUCAUUUUUUUAAACGGAGGUCUUCAUUGUGCUGUUUCCAGAUCCAGGAUGCAAUAUUAGGUUUUAGGUUUGUUUUAAAUUGGUUGUUUUCCAUAUCAGAUUUAAAUUUUUAAGCAAUCAUUGUAAUUCUUUUAUUCAAAAUAUGCACAUAUCAAGCUGUGUAAUAUCAAAAUACAGAAAAUGUGAUCAAGUAGAUGUUUUAGAAACUGAUUCCUUUAGACUUAAACACUAACCUAGAGCGAGAUUGGCUUUUAAGUUAAUAAUGUUACGUUUUUGUGCGCACUCAAGCUGUACAUGUUUUUGAUUUGUUCCUUUUAGAGUUCCUUUAUCGUUAUAUAUUUCUUCCAGAGUUCUGGAUAAGGUGCUAUGGUGUUCUGGUUUGCCUCACUCGUUUGUUACAGAUUGCCGUUUGAUGUCACAUUUAUUUCCCUUAUGAAGAAGCCGUCAGCAUUAUCCUCAUGUGGUACGCUUUGCGGAGUGUUUUGAGUGUCGAGUCCCAGGUAGUCGAGUUCAACUCGUCAAAUCAGUAUUAUUGCAUAUGUAAAUAAAGUUUAUUUAAGGAAAAACAAAUGGCAAAUCUCCACUGUCGAAUCAAAACCUGUUUGUUUGACUGUGGAGUAAAGAGGAUGUUAAAUAAAGCAUGUUUUUAACAAAAA